CCCCCCCCCCGCGGCUGUUGCCCGCCCCACCCUCCUUCCCCGUUCCCUGCCCGGCCCUGCGAAUGGGGUCGCUGCGCGUUAACUUGGUUUAAGCGCUUUCGAGGCCGGUCCUAGAUCGCUCGAUAAGGAGAGGGACGCCCCGGGUUUGCCUGAGGGGAGUUGCCCCGCCGGAUUCCAAGGCUGUGCCGGCGAGGCGGUCCCUUCACGGGUGGGAGUGAGGAAGGCGUGGGUCGUGCCACGGGUGGGAUUCUUUGUGCAGAAUUCCAACGGAGAAGGCCACCCCGGAGAAAAAGCGUGUGCUGCCUUUUCCUAAGUUGCUUCCUGCGGAGCCUGUUUAAAAUGAGCGUGUCUGCCGUAACAGCCCUGUCACGUCAUACUUGGGUGCUGCCCUCUGUGCAUGUAUGGUAGUUGUAUCGCUAGGCGCCCUCUGAGAUUGCUUGCCCGCCUGCGGCCCAGUUACCAUCUUGAAACUCAGUCUAUCAAAAUGAGUCUACGGAAACAAACCCCAAGUGAUUUUUUGAAACAAAUAAUAGGAAGACCAGUUGUUGUAAAGCUAAAUUCUGGAGUUGAUUAUCGAGGUGUUCUGGCUUGCUUGGAUGGGUACAUGAACAUAGCUUUGGAACAGACAGAAGAAUAUGUAAAUGGACAACUGAAGAAUAAAUAUGGGGAUGCAUUCAUCAGAGGAAACAAUGUUUUGUAUAUAAGUACACAGAAGAGGAGAAUGUGAAUAUACAUGAAGGUGGAAUAGUUUGGAUUGCAACUUUUGUUUCUUAACCUGGUUUUAUUUGUUGGUGAUGAUUCACGAUAAUGUUUUGUUGUAUUCCGCUGUAAAGCCACAUGCCCUGUAUAGAAGGGUGGACGUUUUUUAGUAUGUGUAUUUACAAAAUGGAAAAUUUUCUGACAAAUUGUUUGGAAUAUUUUGUGUUACAGAGUACAAUUAAAUAAAAAUGUAAAAGAG